AUGGAUAGGGAAGGUUGGAGUCCAUUCCUGUUGCUCAUCUGCAUUGAGGUGACCAUUGGCGCUGUCCUGCCCGUUGGCUACGCCUUUGGUGUGGUCAAUUCGCCCGCAGAGUUCAUUAAAGUCUGGGCUGCGGAGUCUGCAAAUGCACAUUAUUCAGUGAAUCUCAGCGAUGCGCAGGUUACAUUGAUCUGGGCCAGCAUAGUAUCAAUCUUCCAGAUUGGCGGCAUUUGUGGCUCGUUGUGUGCCGCUUCCAUAAAUACCAGACUAGGACGACGUGGUACUCUGCAGUUAAGUGGAUUAAUAUUCAUGGUAUCGGGUCUAUUGCAUUUCUAUUGUCGCCAGGCCAAUUCACUGGAGCUAUUGCUACUCGGACGUCUUUUGGGGGGUGUGGCAGCCGCCUUUGUCUACUCCACACAGCCCAUAUAUCUCGUGGAAUUAGCUCCCAAAGAGUUAAGCGGUAGCGUUGGCGUCUUCACCUGCAUUGGCAUCACUGGUGGCGUUGUUGUGGGUCAGAUCUUUAGCUUUGAUUUCUGCUGGGGCAACAAGUCUUAUUGGCACUGGGCAUUAUCUGGAUUUAUGUUGUUUGUUGUGAUAGGUUUGCUGCCCUUGUGUCUGUUUCCCGAAAGUCCACGUUAUCUCAUAUCCAAGGGAAACCAGGAGAAGACCAAAGCGGCGAUAAUGAAGUUGCGCAAGAAACCAGAAAUUGUAGACAAGGAACUAGCUAGGAUAGAAGCUGCAUUCAAGUCAACGGCGGAGACAAUGAGCAUCAAAGCUGUCAUCUGUGAUAGCAAGCUUAGAAUGCCUCUGAUUAUUGUCUGCUCCUUUCACUUUGUUCAGCAAGGAAGCGGCUGUAAUGCUAUUUGGAAUUACUCUGUGGGUAUAUUUACUGGUGCAGGAUUCACGACUUCGGUGGCAUUGUGGCUAAACUUUGGCUUGGGCGUACUUAACUUUGCCGCUGCCCUUUGUGGUCCCCUUCUGAUGACACAUUUCAAUAGACGUCUUAUGAUGAUGCUGUCCUGCUUUUUAUCGGCCGUAUUUAUGAUAUUGCUCAGUCUUGGACUGUUCUUUUCGGAUUCCUUCAAAUGGGUGUCAUAUUUCUGCAUUUUCUUCCUAUCCAUGUAUAUUUUAAGCUUUAACAUGGGACUGGCACCGAUGCCCUAUUUUAUUGGCUCAGAGCUAUUAUUGACUUCACCGCUUUCCGCCGUCAUGGCUUUGGGCAGUCUUUCCAAUUGGUUAACGAACUUUAUAAUUGGCAUGAUAUUUCCAAUAAUGAACCAGUAUAUCGGUCCCUUUGCUUUUAUGCCAUUCGCCGUUAUAUGCAUCUAUGGAUUUUUGCUGACUUACUGGUAUUUGCCAGAAACGAGAAAUCGACAUCCUGAGGAAGUUGCUCCAUUGCUGGAGAAUGGAUUCAAGUCCAAGAUCAAAUAAGCGACAUAAAACUCUAAUAGUUGCGAAAAAAAACUUUGCCAAUUGUUUUAAUUAAAUAUUGACCAAUUUUUGUGACACAGUUUAAAAAUUCAGAAAUUUAAUAGGCGUUAAUU